CUAUACAUAUGAUAUCUCCCAACCAAACAUUCUCGUAUAUCUCCAUUCUCUUCUCUUUCACUGUCUAUCUCGGUUGACGUGGUACUUGUAGAAAGAAAGAGCUUUCUUCACUUCACCAAAAAAAAAAAAAAAGAGCUUUCUGCUGUUAAACCAUGAUCAUGCUGAAAAUUUAAGCCCUGGAAGAAAAGUGAAUUUUUGAUUCACAGCAGCAUUUUUAUUUUUCUUAUUUUAAAAGAUGAAUGCUUUGAUGUUUCAGCCCAAUACAGCAUCUUAUUAUCCACGUUUGGAUGUCCCACAAAUCAAGGCAUGCAAGAGCAUGCGAGAAUUGAAGCAAGUGCAUGCGUUUUUGGUCAAAACAGGACAAACCCAUGACAAUGCAAUAGCAACAGAGAUUCUCAGGCUCAGUGCCACCUCUGAUUUUCGUGAUAUUGGGUAUGCCCUCUCGGUGUUCGACCAAUUGCCUGAACGAAAUUGCUUUGCUUGGAACACUGUCAUAAGGGCACUUGCUGAAACCCAAGAUAGGCACUUGGAUGCCUUGUUGGUUUUCUGUCAAAUGCUGUCUGAGGCAACGGUGGAGCCUAACCAGUUCACUUUCCCGUCAGUGUUGAAGGCCUGUGCGGUCAUGGCCAGGUUGGCAGAAGGAAAGCAGGUUCAUGGGUUGCUUCUUAAGUUUGGAUUGGUGGAUGAUGAGUUUGUUGUCACUAAUUUGCUAAGAAUGUAUGUGAUGUGUGGGAGUAUGGAGGAUGCUAAUGUUUUGUUUUAUCGGAAUGUUGAGGGUGUUGAUGAUGUGAGGAACUUGGUGAGAGAUGAGAGGGGGAGAGAGUUUAAUGUGGUUUUAUGCAAUGUGAUGGUUGAUGGGUAUGCAAGAGUUGGGAACCUUAAGGCUGCUAGGGAAUUGUUUGACAGGAUGGCUCAAAGGAGUGUGGUUUCUUGGAAUGUGAUGAUUUCUGGGUAUGCUCAAAAUGGGUUUUAUAAGGAGGCCAUUGAGAUUUUUCAUAGGAUGAUGCAGAUGGGAGACGUGUUGCCGAACCGGGUGACUUUGGUCAGUGUGCUGCCUGCGAUUUCGCGUCUUGGAGUGCUGGAGUUGGGGAAAUGGGUGCAUUUGUACGCGGAGAAGAAUAAGAUUCGGAUUGAUGAUGUGCUUGGCUCGGCUCUGGUUGAUAUGUAUGCCAAGUGUGGGAGCAUAGAGAAGGCAAUUCAGGUCUUUGAGAGGCUGCCUCAAAAUAAUGUUAUAACAUGGAAUGCUGUUAUUGGUGGUCUUGCCAUGCAUGGUAAAGCCAAUGAUAUCUUUAAUUAUUUGUCGAGGAUGGAAAAAUGUGGAAUAUCCCCUAGUGAUGUUACUUACAUAGCCAUCUUGAGUGCUUGUAGCCAUGCAGGUUUAGUGGACGAGGGAAGAUCAUUUUUUAAUGACAUGGUUAAUAGCGUUGGAUUAAAGCCUAAAAUAGAACACUAUGGAUGCAUGGUUGACCUCCUGGGUCGUGCUGGUUAUCUUGAAGAAGCAGAAGAGCUUAUAUUGAACAUGCCAAUGAAACCGGAUGAUGUCAUAUGGAAGGCCUUGCUUGGUGCUUCUAAGAUGCAUAAAAAUAUCAAAAUUGGUAUGCGUGCUGCAGAGGUUUUAAUGCAAAUGGCUCCUCAUGAUAGUGGGGCAUAUGUGGCUCUCUCCAACAUGUAUGCCUCAUCAGGGAAUUGGGAUGGAGUUGCGGCGGUGAGGUUAAUGAUGAAAGAUAUGGACAUAAGGAAAGACCCUGGAUGUAGUUGGAUUGAAAUCGAUGGUGUUAUUCAUGAGUUCCUUGUUGAAGAUGAUUCCCAUUCUAGAGCCAAAGACAUACACUCAAUGUUGGAGGAAAUUUCAAACAAGUUGAGCUUGGAAGGUCACAUGCCAGACACCACGCAAGUGUUGCUCAAGAUGGAUGAGAAACGUAAAGAAAGUGUGCUGCACUACCACAGUGAGAAGAUUGCUGUUGCUUUUGGCUUAAUUAGUACACCUCCAAAGACACCACUUUGCAUUGUCAAGAAUUUGCGAAUUUGUGAAGAUUGCCAUUCCUCAAUGAAAUUAAUCUCAAAAAUGUACGAGCGUAAGAUAGUUAUUAGAGACAGGAAGCGUUUUCACCAUUUUGAACAUGGUUCAUGUUCUUGUAUGGACUACUGGUAGUUUGUUAGUCCUUUGCAACAGAGUUACCCAACUUAAACUAACUUCCCUUACAUAUUUGUAAAUACAGCUUUGUAUUAAUGAAUGUACAUCAAAGGGCAUUUUCAAUGCUUCAGACGUAAAA